AUGAGGAUUGCAACUCUUCAAUUCGCGCCGAAGUUAGGCGAUCUCAAAGGCAAUAUUGAGAAAGCAAAUGCUUUAUUGAAGACUGGCAAGACCGUAUCCGUAGAUGGAAAGGAGAUCGGGGUUGGGGUCGAUCUGAUGAAGCCUGAUAUCUUGGUGCUGCCUGAGUUGGCGAUGACGGGCUACAACUUCCCUUCUUUGGAAGCGAUCAAGCCAUAUCUCGAGCCAGCUGGUGACGGCCCCUCUGCCUCUUGGGCGCGCGAAACUGCCAGGCGCCUGCGAUGCAAGGUCUGCGUGGGGUAUCCGGAGAUUGAGAAGGAUUCUGAAAACCCCGACAGAGUCACAUACUAUAACUCACUGCUUGCUGUUGACGAGAACGGGGAGUUCAUCCUCAACUACCGCAAAACCUUCUUGUAUUACACCGACGAAACGUGGGCGGCCGAAGGUCAAGUCGAGCGAGGAUUCCAUGAGCUUGAUUUUGCCACUGAAGGCAAGCUAUCUUCCUUGACAAACCAGGGUGAGCAAGUUUUAUCCGAGACAAAACAGGUCGCGACUUCGCUUGGUAUCUGCAUGGAUAUCAAUCCGUACAAGUUUGAGGCGCCAUUCGACAAGUGGGAGUUUGCAACUCGAGUUCUUGACUCCAAGUCCCAGCUUGUCAUUCUGUCCAUGGCCUGGUUGACUAUUCUGAGCCGGGAAGAGCUCGAUGCCUUGAAGGAUAAGCCUGAGAUGGAUACUUUCAACUAUUGGCUUCAGCGGUUCUGGCCUCUGUUGCAAAAGAGGAUGGAACAUGAGGUGGAUCUUGACGGCGGAAAGGCGGCAGAUUCUCCGAAGAAGAUCGUUAUUGUGUUUUCUAAUCGGUCGGGCGAGGAGCCACCGACAGAAGAUACCAAGCCACCGGCGCGAUAUGCGGGGACAAGCGCUAUCAUUGCUGUGACGCAACGGCCCACUCUUAAUGCUGCGGAGAAAGAUGCAGGGUCAGGUGCGCACGCCCCUGAUGAGGAAAGUGAGACAGAGGAUGCAGGCAACCCAUUCGACGUCAAGAUACUUUGUUGGGAUAUGCUAGGCGCUGCGGAGGAGGGUAUUUGUUUCGCGGAUACUACGGCAGAUCCACAAAUGGUAUUUGCACUGAAAAAGGCGUCUGAGUGA